AUGGUAAAACAAAAAUUAGAAUUUAAUAAUAAAUCAAAGUCAAAACGAAAUAAAAUAAAAGAUAAUGAUAAUACAAAUUAUGACAUAAAAAAUAUUAAAGACGAUAAACAAGAAACUCAAAAAGCAACUUGGAGAAAGUAUGAAAAAACUUUGACAAAUGAUGGCAAAGAAAACCAUAAUAUUAAAAAUAUAGAAGAAAAGUUUAAAAUGACAAAUAAUGAUUGUAUGCAAAAACCUAAUUGGUUGGAAUUUAAGAAAAAGAAGAAGGAACUUAAGGAAAAAUAUAAAGCAAAACAUUUUAACGAUAUCUAUGUGUCAAUUGCAAUAAAACAAAUUGGUGAAAAAUUACGUAGGUCAGAUUGUUCAAAAUUGGAACGUAAAUUAUUAAUUUUAAAAGCACAUGAUUUAUUAAAAACUAAUUAUAAUAAAGUAAUAUUUACACAUGAUAUAUCUCGUAUUAUCCAAUGGAUACUUAGAUAUUGCGAUGCAAACAUUCGACAGAUUAUUUUUGAAGAAUUGAGACCUUCAGUUUUGUCUAUGAUUGAAUCAAAAUAUGCAAAGAACUGUAUUAAAAUAAUGCUAAAACAUGGAUCUCAAGAAAUUAGACGCAAAAUUAUUUCAACCUGUUAUGGUAAUGUAAUAAAAUUUAUGUGUCAUUCUGUAUCUGCACCAUUAUUAGAACUUAUCUAUUCAACAUGGGCAACAAAAAUAGAGAAAAGAUAUUUUAAACAAGAAUUUUAUGGUGAUAUGUAUAAACAAGCUAAAGAUAAACAAAUUAAAACUUUAUCUGAUACAUAUAAAACUGCAGAGGAUAUGAAAGCAGCAACAUUAUCUGCAGUAAAAGGAAAUUUAAUGAGAAUAUUGAAUAAGAAACUUUUAAAGUCUACUCUUUUACAUUGUGUUCUUUUAGAAUUCUUAAAUAAUUGUUCUAAGGAAGAUAAGGCAGAAAUAAUAACUAUGUUAAGAAGUGCAAUGAUAGAGUUGUCUCAAACAAAAUUUGGUUCAAAAGUUGCUGCAAUAUGUAUAUGGUAUGGUACAAACAAAGAUAGAAAAAUGAUUAUGAAAUCUUUUAAAGGCAACACAAAAAAUAUUUCAAUGUCUGAGCAUGGAUAUCUAAUAUUAUUAGCAUUAUUUGAUUCAGUAGAUGACACUGUUUUAAUAAAGAAAAUUAUACUUUCAGAAAUAGAAAAUGAUCUAAUAGAUAUAACAUUAAAUGAUUAUGGAAAACAUGUAAUUUUAUAUUUAGUAGCUAGAAGAAAUUCUCAUUAUUUUGCACCUAGUAUAGUGAAAUAUUUAGAACAAGGAGACAAUAAUGUAACAAGUAAAAAACCAGCACAUAUAAGAGAAAAAGAACUUUUAGAUUUUAUUUCUAACUCACUUAUUGAAUCUGUAAUUACAUAUACGCCAAUUUGGAUGUCCAAUAGUUCUAUUGCCAUGGUAACAUUGGCAAUAUUAAAAGUAAAUACUGGGGAAAAAUUAAGAAAAGCCUUUGAAGCUAUUGCUAAAUUUAUCACUGAUUUGAAAUCAAUAAUUAAAGAAAGUGAUAAAGAAUAUAAACCAGUUGAACAUGCAGGUUUACACAUGAUGUUAAAAAAACUUAUACAAAAUGAUAAAGAAUUACAAGAAAAAAGUGAAAGUACAUUCGGAGAAAUAUUAAUUAAUUAUUUAGAAACAAAUGUUAUAGAGAAAUGGAUAGAAUGCAACAGAGGAUGCUUUUUAUUAAUAUUAUUAAUGGAAAAUGAAGCAGUAUCAACAGUAAAUAUUUUAUUUUCUAAAUUAAAACCAAUGAUGAAUAUUUUGACAUCAAAGUCAAAUCCAGGAGCCAAAAUUUUAUGUAAAAAGUUAUAUUGUAAUGGAAAUUACAAACACAUUGUGUAG